UUUCCCGUCACCCGAGGCUCACAGUUUCCCAUUCGGUGGCCCGAGAGCGGGGUUUUGAGCAGGCGAACGCCGCGGGCAGCUUCUACUUUCGCGGGUCCUCGGCCGCCGAGAGAAGACCCGAGAGUCACUGGAAGCGCAAGAUGGCGACGGCGGCCGCAACAUCGGCUUCGGAAGCGGAGGCCGAGCCUAAGGCCGGGCCCACCGCGGAGGGCGAGGAAGAUGAGGUUAAGGCGGCUAGGACGAGGAGGAAGGUGUUGUCGCGGGCCGUGGCCGCUGCGACGUACAAGGCCAUGGGGCCGGGGUGGGACCAGCAGGAGGAAGGCGUGAGUGAGAGCGAUGGGGACGAGGAGUACGCCAUGGCUUCCUCCGCGGAGAGCUCCCCCGGGGAGUACGAGUGGGAGUACGACGAAGAGGAGGAGAAGAACCAGCUGGAGAUCGAGCGGCUGGAGGAGCAGCUCUCUGUCAACGUCUAUGACUACAACUGCCACGUGGACCUGAUCCGGCUGCUGCGGCUGGAAGGCGAGCUCACCAAAGUGAGGAUGGCUCGCCAGAAGAUGAGUGAGAUCUUUCCUUUGACUGAAGAGCUCUGGCUGGAGUGGCUGCAUGACGAGAUCAGCAUGGCUCUGGACGGCCUGGACAGAGAGCACGUGUACGACCUCUUUGAGAAAGCUGUGAAGGAUUACAUUUGUCCUAACAUUUGGCUCGAGUACGGCCAGUACUCAGUCGGUGGGAUUGGGCAGAAAGGUGGCCUUGAGAAAGUCCGCUCUGUGUUUGAAAGGGCACUCUCGUCGGUUGGCUUACAUAUGACCAAAGGACUCGCCAUCUGGGAGGCUUACCGGGAGUUUGAAAGUGCGAUUGUGGAAGCUGCCCGGCCCAUAGCUGGCUUCCUUUCCCCCUUUGACCGGGAACAAACCUUUGAUUCACAGCUGGAGAAAGUCCACAGUCUCUUCCGGCGACAGUUGGCGAUCCCACUCUUUGAUAUGGAGGCAACAUUUGCAGAGUAUGAAGAAUGGUCAGAAGACCCAAUACCGGAGUCGGUGAUUCAGAACUAUAACAAAGCACUGCAGCAGCUGGAGAAAUACAAACCCUAUGAAGAGGCACUGUUGCAAGCAGAGGCACCCAGACUGGCCGAAUAUCAGGCGUACAUCGAUUUUGAGAUGAAAAUCGGCGACCCUGCUCGCGUCCAGUUGAUCUUCGAGCGCGCCCUGGUCGAGAACUGCCUCGUCCCAGAUUUGUGGAUCCGCUACAGUCAGUACCUAGAUCGGCAGCUGAAAGUAAAGGAUUUGGUUUUAUCUGUACAUAAUCGUGCCGUGAGAAACUGCCCCUGGACAGUUGCCCUGUGGAGCCGUUACCUCUUGGCCAUGGAAAGACACGGAGUUGACCAUCAAGUGAUUUCCGCGACCUUCGAGAAAGCUUUGAGUGCCGGCUUCAUUCAGGCCACUGAUUAUGUGGAAAUUUGGCAGGCGUACCUUGAUUACCUGAGGAGAAGGGUUGAUUUCAAACAAGACUCCAGUAAAGAGCUGGAAGAGCUGAGGUCUGCGUUCACUCGCGCCUUGGAGUAUCUGAAGCAGGAGGUGGAGGAGCGUUUCAAUGAGAGCGGAGAUCCAAGCUGCAUGAUCAUGCAGAACUGGGCUAGGAUUGAGGCUCGACUGUGCAAUAACAUGCAGAAAGCUCGGGAACUCUGGGACAGCAUCAUGACCAAAGGGAACGCCAAGUAUGCCAACAUGUGGCUUGAAUAUUACAACCUGGAAAGGGCACACGGUGACACCCAGCACUGUAGGAAGGCUCUGCACCGGGCCGUCCAGUGCACCAGUGACUACCCCGAGCACGUCUGUGAAGUGUUGCUCACCAUGGAGAGGACAGAAGGUACUCUAGAAGAUUGGGAUAUAGCUGUUCAGAAAACCGAAACUCGAUUAGCUCGUGUUAAUGAGCAGAGAAUUAAGGUUGCGGAGAAGGAAGCGGCGCUCGCCCAGCAAGAAGAAGAAAAGGCAGAACAGCGGAAGAGGGCCCGGGCUGAGAAGAAAGCGUUAAAAAAGAAGAAAAAGACCAGAGGCGCAGACAAGCGCAAAGCAGAAGAGGAUGAUGAGAAAGAGUGGGGCGAUGAUGAAGAAGAGCAGCCUUCCAAACGCAGAAAGGUUGAGGACAGCACUCCCUCAGCUGGAGAAGCACAGGACCGAGAGCCGGAAGCGGGACUCUUGGGGAAAAGUGUGCCCGUGGACGUGGACCCCCCCUCAAAGCAGAAGGAGAGGGCGGCCGCCCUGAAGAGGGACGUGCCCAAGGUGCCCCACGACAGCAGCAAGGACAGCAUCACCGUCUUCGUCAGCAACCUGCCCUACAGCAUGAGUGAGCCGGACGUGCAGCUCCGGCCGCUCUUUGAGGCCUGUGGGGAGGUGGCGGAGAUCCGGCCCAUCUUCAGCAACCGGGGCGAUUUCCGAGGCUAUUGCUACGUGGAGUUUAAAGAGGAGAAGUCCGCCCUGCAGGCGCUGGAGUUAGACCGGAAGAACGUAGAAGGGAGGCCGAUGUUUGUUUCCCCCUGUGUGGAUAAGAGCAAAAAUCCCGAUUUCAAGGUGUUCAGGUACAGCACUGCCCUGGAGAAACACAAGCUGUUUGUCUCGGGCCUGCCUUUUUCCUGCACUAAAGAGGAACUGGAAGAGAUCUGUAAGGCUCAUGGCACCGUGAAGGACAUCAGGCUGGUUACCAACCGGGCGGGCAAACCGAAGGGCCUGGCUUAUGUGGAGUAUGAAAGUGAAUCUCAGGCGUCGCAGGCCGUACUGAAGAUGGAUGGCAUGACCGUCAAAGAGAAUGUCAUCAAAGUGGCCAUCAGCAAUCCCCCUCAGAGGAAGGUUCCAGAGAAGCCAGAAGCAAGGAGAGCGCCAGGUGGUGCCUUGGUGCCGCGGCAGAUUUACGGAGCGCGGGGGAAGGGAAGAACCCAGCUCUCCCUGCUGCCUCGUGCCCUGCAGCGCCCGGGCGCCCCGGCCGCUCAGGCUGAGAACGGCCCCGCCCCGCGGCCAGCGGUCACCACCUCAGCGGCCACCGAGGCACCCAAGAUGUCCAAUGCCGAUUUUGCCAAGUUGCUUCUGAGAAAGUGAAUGGGACUGUGGAGAAGGGAAAUGCCUUACUUCAUGCUGGCCAGGAAGACCACCCGGCACCCAGCGGUACUCUGGGUAUGGAGCGGCCCGGGGCAGCACCCCUCUUGCACAUUUUCCUCUGGGUUAGACAGAAAGAGAUGAGGGUGUCCAAGGAAAGAGGCUUGAAGCGCUCCCUCAUAUUGAGGGCAAUAGGAGGAAAAUGAUCACUCCGUGGUUGGGCCCAGGGUGUCGUUUCCUAAAAUAUUUUUGUGUCUUAUGGAGUGAGAAACAGAAGUGAAACUCAAACACCGUUUUGAGACCCACCUGUCCAAAUGUUUUCGGCCAGCUCUGGCCCCCUUUUAUAAGACACUUCUCUUACAUCUUGCACAGCACACGUGCCCGUCACUCUUUUCAUUUUAAAAGACAAAAUGGCAGAUGCUAGUAAUUCACCAGAAUGGCCUAUUUUAGUAAAGGGGUGGUGGGGGGGAUAGGGGAAGUCACCUAAAAAAAAAUUGAUGGAUUUUUGUUCAAGGGGGCUGUGCGCGUUUUUAUAUUAUGUAUUUGUAAAUGACACAUCCACCCAUUGUUUUAUGUUUCCUAAAAGCCGAGUCUUUGUGACAUUUGUUUUGUCCGGGAGUUCUGUGUGCCACCUGCCGUGGACCAUUUUCUUUGCCUAGUGUUGAGUGAACUGUAUCCUUUGUCUAAACAUUGCGUUUCAGCCCUUUGGUUUUGUUUAAAUGCCAUGUCAAGUGCAAACUUAAAUUCUUCCCACUUAGCUUUGUUUAUUAAACUGAAGUUCUCUUAAAAACUUCUUGCUGAAUGGUACUCAGAUGUUCAUUCAAACCCGGACGUGUUUUGAGAUGGGUGCACUUGGUGUUACCUAACACACGUGUGAAUAAGAACUUUUGUAAGUCCAAUCCUGUUGUCCCUUUGAUUUAAAUCCUUUCCGUUGUGAUGGGUCUUCAGUUUUAAACUUUACUUUGCAGCAUGUUGGCACUGCAGCUUUUAAGCUUUUUUUUUUUUUUUUUUUUUUUUUACCUCUCCGCUUCUAUCAAAUAUUUAUUGCUUUAAAAGCAGCAUUGUCAGUCCGAUAGGGAAACAGACUUUGUAAAGACACUCUGGGGGAAGAAAUCAGGAAAUGCUUUCAUGUGUGAUGGAAAUCAACCCACUUCUCUGGUUUUUUAAGUCUCUGUGCAUCAGGCUUUACUACGUCUUUCACGGAAAACUGUAAGCAUUAUACAAAAGCACAGACAGAAGAGCAGAAGGAAGUACUUAUGUGCCUGUCACUGAGCCUCAGCAUUUCCCAUCUAGUGCAUCGGCCUUCAUUUCUGCCCCCACCCCCUCCUCCCUGUUACGGACAUCACAGAACUCCCCCAGUAACGGCGUAGCACCUGCCUCAAAGAGAUAAAGACCUAAAGGUCACAGUAUUGUCAUCAUCCCUAGAAACAUGAGCAGUCAUGCCUUCGUGUCCUCGGCUAUCCAUAUUGCCAGUUUCCUGUUCUGUAAAUGUAUUCCCCCGCCCUCCACCCCAGUAAGUUAGGAUCGGUUGAUAAACCUCCCAAGGCUUUUAAUCUGAAGGUUCCCCUCUACCUUGUCUUUCUCUUUGGCACAAAACAUUUUUUGUCAGGUGUUACUUCUGAAUUAAAUUCAAGUAGUGGCUGCUGGAAGCAGCCAGAAGAACGUGUGCUGUGACCCUGGUUCCUCCUGUGCUCUUUGGAAUAUGGCCACUCACCCUCCUGCAGAAGCCUGCUCGCUGGGUGAGGGGACUGGGGAUGCUCAGGGACGGCUGCCGAGGAGCCACGAAUAUUCCCUUCCUGAUCCAGGUUAAUGUGGCUUUACUCUCGCGGCUUCCCGUCUUACUGUUCUGUUUUCUUGAUGGGGGCAGCCUUCUGCCCUCACUUUGUGCUCUCGCCUGUCAACACAGGCCCAUCACAGAGUCGAACCUCUUCAGGCUGGAGCUCAGGGUGUUGACGGCUCUAGAAACGGACUGUCGGGAACAUGUGAGUGGGUCUAUGUGUUUUCCCCAGGAAACGAAGAACUGUUGGCAAACAGGAGCACGAAAUGGCACGCAGUUGGGAGUGUCAGUGACAGGUCGGUGACUUCUCCCUGCCGGCACAGGUAGGUGGCUAACCCAAAGGGUUCUGUCCCAUUUUCCCAUUGAAAUUACCGUCUGGGAUCUAUUUUCUGCCACGAUAAUCUAAAUAGGACUUCACGUUCUGCAAGAAUUCCUCCUUCAUCCUCGUAACAAACGGGAACAGCUCUUGGAUAAGACAGCCGAGUCUCGGGCCUUUCUGUCGUAAAAUACUUUACUAGAGUCAGUCAUCUGUUAAAAUAACAUCCUUCGCAACAGAACUAAAGCGCACGCUCCUCUAUAGUACAGAGCGCUGCCGUCAGGCUUCCUUGGUGUGCCUGUAACAUCAAGAAGAGUUAGGCUGAAGAGCUACCUUACGGCAACGUGCAAAUACGCAAAGAUUUUUUAUAGAGGUUUGAAUAUCACUCGGGGCCACUUGAGACAUUUUUCUUAAUCCUUCAGAAAGCUACUCUGUGCUAAUUACACAGUUAAAGAGGUAUACAGACACCUGCUACUUCAGAAUAGUGACCUCCUUACCGUCAGAGUGUGACUUCUCAAGCCAGAGACCACACUUUGUAUGUAUUCACCAUCAUUUGGACCCUGACAGAGUGCACUACGGUGUGAGAUGUCCCGUGCUCCGUCACUGGGAGGGGGACCCGUGGCCCUUUUGACUCCGAGGAGCACAGCAGCGGUCACAUUGUCGCCUCUGCCAUUUAUUAUCGAUAGAGAACCUUCUUCCGUAGAAUGACGACGCGGAAACUUGGCCGUGUGGUACAUUUGAUCAUUUUACAAGUUCCUAGAAAAAUAAGGCCACUGCAAGGCAGUCUCUUGUGCUUCCCCGAGGGAAUGCUGGACACCUUGCUGUACCCUGGCUGCGGGAGGUGGGGGUCAGGUGAGUACGUGGAUCAAACUGCACAAGAGAGACACAUCGGACUAUGGCUAAGGGUUUUCCCUGGGUUCGGGAGACACUCCAGUUCGUUACCAAAAAUGCACAUUUGGUGUUCAUACGUGGCAUCUGUUUUCUCAGAUGUAUUCUUGAAUGUCCGCCUACACAAGAUGUUACACUCAGAGUCAGACUUGGCCACGUGCACAAUACCUGACUUGCGGUAUGACCCAGUCGAGUGACGAACUCAGAACUUUGAGGCUAAAACAUCUGGUCCGAGUUGCUGCAAAUGAAGUGUGAGAAACAUUCAGACACAGAGAAGACCAAG